AUGGAACCCUCCGCCAAGCCACGGUCAUCCCAAGCUAUUGAGCGAGUGCACGGGCUCUACCAGCUUGCACGUUUGCACAAGUUCCCUCUAGGCAGUCUCAUCAUCUACUGGCCUUACGGCUGGGGCGUCGCGAUGGCCGCAUCCAAGGAACACGCACCUAUGCACACUAUUUUGAAGAGUGCGGCAAUCCUUCUUGUCGUCGCCACCCUCUACCACAGCGCCUUCUGCGUAUGGAACGACAUCUGUGACAGAGAUCUAGACGGCAAAGUAGAACGAACUCGCGGGAGACCUCUCGUCACCGGCCUCGUCCCGCUCACAGACGCUUUCGCGUUGUUCGCGGCUCUCUUGAUGUUAUCAUUUUUCACAUUUCUGGUACAGUGCACCAUCGGCUCAUAUCAUGAUAGGUUUGGUGUCAUGCUAACUUCCUUGCCAAUUAACCUGGUCUACCCUCUGACCAAACGAUGGACCUGGUGGCCUCAGCUCUGGCUUGGCAUAGCUUGCGGCUGGGGCUGCGCUGUCGGCUGGGCAUCGCUAGCGGGAGAUAGAUUUGAGCUGCAGCAGCUCCCUGCGUUACAAGCCCUAUGCGUCGCCGAUGUACUGUUUACGAUCUUUGCAGACACCAUCUACGCGGCUCAGGACAAGAGCGACGACGAGAAAGCCGGGAUCAAAUCUACCGCCAGGCUCUUUGGCUCUCACAUACGCGGUAUCCUCGCUCUUUUUGCGAUCGCCUUUGUCGGGUCCCUGGUUCUCGCCGGUCUUCUCAACGGCAACAAUCUUCCGUACUUCAUGAUUGGCUGCGCGGGCGUCGCUGCCCACAUCAUCUGGCAGUUCUAUGUAUGGCAGCCAGACGAUGAUGAAUGUAGCGCUGCCAUAUUUAAGAGCAACCAUGACAUGGGAUACAUCCUUUUCAUAGGUAUCAUUCUCGAUUCUCAGCUUUGA